AGACACACUAUUAUAAAGAUGGCAUCUAUUAAAGAGGAGAGUGAAGACAUGAAGAUUAAAGAAACAUUCAGAGUGAAACAAGAAGAGACCGAGGAACAAACAGAUCUGAUGGCACUGAAAGAGGAGAGUCUGAAAGAAGAACUGAAUGAAAUGGAAGAGAAAAGUCAGGAUGUGAAACGUCAUGAUUUCAAGAGAGGAGAAAAAUCCUUAAAGACUGAAAAGACUUCCUCACAAAAAAGUGGUCAGAGGACUGACUCUAACAGUUUCACCUGCUGUCAGUGUGGUAAGAAUUUCACUUGUAAGCAAAACCUUGAAGUCCACAUGAGAGUUCACACUGGAGAGAAGCCUUUCAGCUGCCAACAGUGUGGAAAGAGUUUCAAUCAAAAGCAAAUCCUUAAAGUCCACAUGAGAGUUCACACUGGAGAGAAGCCUUACACCUGCAAACUGUGUGGACAAAGUUUUAAACUUAAGGGAAACCUUAAUGCCCACGUGAGAAUUCACACUGGAGAGAAACCGUACACCUGCAAACUGUGUGGGAAGAGCUUCUCACGAAAAGAAAGUCUUAAGACUCACUUGAACAUUCACACAGGAGAGAAGCCUUGCAUAUGUGGUCAGUGUGGAAAGAGAUUCAAAUGUAAAGAAACCCUUAAUCACCACAUGAGGAUUCACUCAAAAGAGGACUGUUUUAUAUGUCAUCAGUGUGGAAAGAGUUUCCUGCAUAAAAGAAGCCUCAACGCUCACAUUAGACUUCAUACUGGAGAGAAGCCUUUCAUCUGCCCUCAGUGUGGAAAAAGCUUCUCACAGAAAGGAAACCUUCAGACUCACAUAACUAUUCACACUGGAGAGAAACCAUUUAAGUGUCUUCAGUGCGAUAAUAGUUUCACAUAUAAUAGAGACCUGAAACAUCAUUUGCAAACUCAUUCUCCAUCAUAUCACAGACUCAACUUUUUCCGUACUACGACGAGACCUGUACUGGCUGCGGGCUCCAGGAUCACUCCUUCUCCACCAGAUACCGCUGCCAAACUCCAGGCUUCAUUGCGGCUGCCACUCUGCUCGACCAGCCACACGCUUUCCACAACGCCGAGGCUUAACCUCGCCUCCACCGGCGAGACUUCCAACUUCCCCAACAUCCUCGUAUCAUUCGGCCAUGCCAAUAUAUCCUCAGAUCGGAAAAUCAAGUUCCGGCUCCCCUCGAGCUUCAAGAGGCAGCAGGCCGUCAGCAAGCCUGGGCUGCGCCCCAGACUUGGCUGCUCCUCACACUGCAUUGCCUCGCUGCAGACGUCCAAGCAGGGCAGCAUCAGCCAGCAACGCAAGCUUACUGGCCUCCUCCCUCAUUUCCUUCUACCUCUUCCUACGUGCUACCCUAAGCACCAGAGGCUAAUCCGUUGA